AAAAAGAAAAGGUUCUACUUCCGGAAGAAGCCGACGAGGACUCUCAUGAGCGCCGAGGCACAAGAUUGAGGAUGAAACAAACCUGAGGCUGAAGUCAUUUGGUGCGUGCGGUGGUUUGAACUGCGAGAGUGUGAGUUCACGGCAUAAGGGAAAGGGGCUGCCAAAGAGAAGAAAGAAGAAGAGGGUUUUUCUACAGAGCCCAGUUCACUGUAGUCGGUGUUUUCCUACUGUAAUAUAGACUCUACACCCACAACUUUGAAGCACCUGCUGUGUGAAGUUACUUCCUGCUGUUGGGUGACAGUGGACUAACGCGAGGAACUAAAGAGAUGGACCAGAACAACAGUAUACCACCCUUCCAGGGGCUGGCCUCCCCUCAGGGUGCCAUGACCCCAGGCAUGCCAAUCUUCAGUCCUAUGAUGCCAUAUGGCUCAGGUCUGACACCCCAGCCCGUCCAGAACACCAACAGUUUGUCUAUACUGGAGGAACAGCAGCGGCAACAACAGCAGCAACAGGCACAGCAGGCAAACGCAGGCCUUCCUGGAACGUCGGGGCAGACCCCUCAGCUUUACCACUCCCAGACAGUUGCAGGUUCGACCACCACAGCGUUACCAGGGAACACCCCGCUCUACAACACCCCGCUGACACCCAUGACACCUAUCACACCGGCCACACCAGCCUCUGAGAGCUCUGGAAUAGUACCACAGCUACAAAACAUAGUAUCUACUGUAAAUCUGGGCUGUAAACUGGACUUGAAGACCAUCGCCCUGAGAGCCAGGAAUGCAGAGUACAACCCAAAGCGUUUUGCUGCAGUCAUUAUGAGAAUACGAGAACCCAGGACCACUGCUCUCAUCUUCAGCUCUGGGAAGAUGGUCUGCACUGGAGCCAAGAGUGAGGAGCAAUCGAGGUUAGCUGCCAGAAAAUAUGCUCGUGUGGUGCAGAAGCUCGGUUUUCCUGCAAAGUUUCUGGACUUCAAGAUUCAGAACAUGGUGGGAAGCUGCGACGUAAAGUUCCCCAUUCGGCUGGAAGGAUUAGUUCUCACACAUCAGCAGUUUAGCAGCUAUGAACCAGAGUUGUUUCCAGGACUGAUUUACAGAAUGAUCAAACCCAGAAUCGUUUUGCUCAUCUUUGUUUCUGGGAAAGUUGUACUCACAGGUGCCAAGGUGAGAGCGGAGAUCUAUGAAGCGUUCGAAAAUAUUUAUCCCAUCCUGAAAGGCUUCCGCAAGACAACGUAGAAUCUGCAGCUCCUUCUUUUACCCCAACUUUGUGUGACUGAUUUUAUUUUUUUACUAUUCAGUGUCAACUACAUGUUGACCUCUAAAAGUGGACUGCUGUUGCACAGGGAUGCGAGUCAUCAUUGUUUUUCUGGGUUUUGUCCCUCCAGUGUUGCAGAUGAUUUUUUUGCCAGGCUUUGAUCACAAGUGAUGGCGUAUUUUACACACAGACUGCUCAUUUCAAACCCUUCCUGUUUUUCCUCAGUUAUUUUUGGGUUUUGCGGUUUGUCCUGAUCCCAUCCCUGAUUGUACAUAACACUGUAAAGAAAUGUAAAAAGCGCUUGUUAGAAGAGAAGCAGUCUGAUAAGGACUGUUUUGUUUUUAUUUUAAGCCAUUUUAAAUAGUUUUCUACUUUGCAUUUUUUAUAAAUUGUCCGCUCAGUCUCCAAAUUGUAUCCAGACAUGUUGGUGUCUGUCAGACCCACAUUCCAAUCAACAGUAUUUAAGAUUUUAGUAGAGUGCCUGUUGAUCUCAAACCAAAUCAGUGACUUUUACCAUCAAAACAGUUGGCUCUUGGUCCUAAUUUUAUAAAUGCUGUGAGUAGUUUCACUCUAAAUUCACACAUUUUGACAUAAAGUCCAGCCUGUUAAGCAGUAACUGAAUGUGGAUGCUCUUACAGUUUAAAUAAAUUAAACUAAAUUGAUCUAAAUCCUGCUGCUACAGUUGUUGGUUAGUUCUUUGAGAUGUGUCACUUGGUCUGGGUUCCUAAAACAUUUUUACUUAUGAAUAAACCAGAAUCAAAACAUGAAGAAGAGACACUGUUGGUCAGCCUCUUUAACUUCUCGCUUGCAUUUACAAGCACUAAAAGAUUGCAAAUGAACUAUGCAUUGUUUUUCCAUAUUUUUUUUUUUUUGGCCAUUCAAAAAUAUAUUGCGUUUUCUUUUUAAAAAAUAUUAUAGGAAAAUGUGAAUCUGCUGGUUGUUAAAAUUUUUUGGCACUUCUUGGUGAACUCCGGUCUGGUGACCGUCCGUUUCUCCAUUUGUGUCUGCCACCUGACGGCUGUAUGGACAGCAGAAUGGCAAAAGAGAUUAGGAAUUAAUACUAAACUACAUCUAGUAUAUUUAAUACUUUGCUCUGUGAUUCUGAGCUUAGCUGCAGACAAGCAGGAGACCAGGAAACCAUGUCCUAUCCCAAUGCAAUUUUGUUUCUGAAAUUGUUAAUGUGCGGCAUUGUGCAUUAAUAAAUGUGUACAUACUGGC